AACUGUCUUAUGUCAAUAUGCCACCCCAGCGCGAUCCCAUUAGCGUCCGCACGACGCGCCUAAAUAAUUUAAUACUGGGCAAAGGAGUUGGCGUCACCCAGAAGCCAGCAGGCUCUAGCGGCGGUUUCCGAAGAAGUAUUUUGCCUGUGAGCACCACAAGUGCAGCUGUUGCCGAGGCGGUAUCCCGCGAAGGCUUGCUCGACGCAUUCUGCUUGCUAUACAAUGAAUGCGACAAGGAUGCCCUGAAGAAGCGCGACCGCAACAUUUCCGAGUUUGUUAAUAAGUUCCGCCCCAUUGUCGAAGAGACUCGCAAACUGCGCGUCAAUGCGGACGACUUCAUCAUCAAGGCGCUUAUUGGCCAGGGAUAUUUCGGGAAUGUGCAUCUUGUGGUGGAGCGUCAGACGUCCGACAUCUACGCCAUGAAGAAGAUUAAAAAGUCUGUUGUGACCACUUCCCAGGUGAAGGAGGAGCGCGACAUUAUGUCGGCGCGCAACUCUGAGUGGCUGAUAAAUUUGCAGUACGCUUUCCAGGACAACGAUAAUUUGUAUCUGAUCAUGGAAUAUAUGCCUGGCGGAGAUUUACUCAGCCUGAUGUCUCGCCACGGACCCUUUGACGAGCACCUUGCGCGCUUCUAUCUGGCUGAACUGACUCUGGCCCUGCACACACUCCACGAAAUGGGAUAUGUGCAUCGCGAUAUUAAGCCGGAAAAUAUACUGAUUGAUCGCUUUGGGCACAUUAAGCUGGCUGAUUUCGGCAAUGCGGCUGCCCUAGACCGAGACGGGCAUGUGCUCAGCCUUUCGCCCGUGGGUACGCCGGAUUACAUAGCUCCGGAGCUGCUGCAGACCAUCUCCACUUACAAACUAUCAAAGUCGAUGCAUGAUGUCAGCUGCGAUUACUGGUCCAUGGGCAUCAUUGGCUAUGAGUUGCUUUGCGAAACGACGCCGUUCCACGAGGACAAUGUGCACGAGACAUAUUCAAAGAUACUCUCCCACUGCGAGGAGAGCCACCUGAAGGAGCUGAUUAACUUUCCCAGCGAGCUAAAGGUCUCGAAGAACUACAGGGAUCUGAUCGAGUCGUUGGUCACGAACCCAUCGAAGCGUCUGUCCUACGAUCGCAUCAAAACACAUGCCUUCUUUGACGAUAUUCAAUGGAAUUGUAUGCGCUCUCAGGUGCCGCCCAUUAUCCCAAACAUCAAGUCGGACGAUGAUACAUCCAAUUUUAAGGAUGGCACGCGACACAAGUCCCGCAGGGAUCAGCUAGGCAAAAAGUCCCUCACUACGAACAUGAAGUCGCAUGAUUUUAGUGGCAAGGAUCUGCCGUUUUUGGGCUACAGCUUUGUGCAUAUGGACAAGCCGCCAAAUUGCGAUUCCGUCGACGAGGCGCGUGCCAACAAAUUGCAGGAAAAGCUCAAGGACCUGCAGCAAAGGCUCAAGUCGCGAGAGACUGAAAUCUCAAUGCUGAAGCAGGAUCUCUUGCGGGCCCAGCAGUCGCUCAAGAAAACGGACAACAAGUCGCAGGUUGUGCUGGACGCCAAAAUAGAAAUCAAGAAGCUACAGCAAAUAAUCAAGGACAAGACUAUGGAGUUGGCCAAUUGCAAGACACAAAUCAAGACCCUCCAAAGCUCGGCCAAAGUGGAUGAGGAAAUGUGGUCCAAAAAGGAGUCCACAAUCACGGACCUGCUGCGGCUGAAUCGGCAAAAGUACGAAGAGGCAAAGAUAUCCUCGGAGCAGCGCUACGAAAAGCAACUGGCCGAGAAAAACCAGGAGUUGGCCUCCACACUGCAGAAAAUGGAUGCCCGUGAGCUCGAGUUUGUUGCCAAGAGCGACGAAUGCAAGCAUCUGACUGCCAAGCUGCAGAACUAUAAGGAUGUGCUUAAGCAGCUGAAGGAGCAGACCAUCAAGGCCGAUGCCGGGCACGAGCAGCAAAAGAGCCAGAUGGCCGAGUCCUACGAGCAGAAGCUGUUGGACCUGCGCAACAAGAUACGCGAGUCGCAGGACUCGUACCGCCGCUUGACAUUGGAGAUGCAGGGAAUUCGCACGGAGCUGGACGAAUCGAUUAGCUCUGGAAAAUCGACCCAAGAGGCCAAGCACGCCACAGAGCGCAACAUCGAGGACAUAUUGAGACGUCUCAACCACGAGAUAGCCUCGAAUAAUGAGCUGCAUGCGACGAAGGCAAAACUCGAGUUGCAGCUGAGGCAGAAGGAGAACGAAACUCAUGAAGCGAAGGCCGAGUGCCAGCGCUUGGAGCGCGAACUACAGGUCGCCGAAUGCCGCUGCCACAUGGCUGAAACCUCUCUCGCCUCUAAUGCUUCCCCUUAUAACACAGCGCCUGGGUCUUUAACCGAACUGAAUGCCAUUGAAGACCAGCUGCGUGCCGACUUGGUGGCCGCCAAAGAAGGCGAAAGCCAGCAGAAGGUCCGUGCCGAUCAACUCCAAACUCUCGUCACCAAACUGGAGCAGAUGCUGGAGCGCUUCAACGAGCAGAACCAAAGCAUUUCCCCCACAAAGUCUCAGGGAAUAGGAAAUAGCUCAGUAGGCGACAUGCUGGAACGUCAGAAUGAAAAACUUGAAGACAAGCUGGCGGCCGUACGAGAGCAUAUGAUUGUUGAACGUCAGGCAGCGCGAGCGGCUAAUCUCUCACUGUGGAAAGUGGAAAAGCAGCUUGAGGAAGCCCUGGCGGAGAAGAAACUAUUGGCGCGCCGCAUGGAGCUGACAGAGGAUCGCAUCAAGAAGGCCCAGAGUGGCCAAGAGGAGUCGCAGCGCAUGCUCAAAUCCUCACAGGAAGAAACGCGCCAGCGAGAGUCACGCAUCGAGGAGUUGAAGCAGGAACUGGCUGCUGCCAAGCGGGAUGUCAUGAAGGAACAUCGCCUGUGGGAGAAGGCCGAGCAGGAGCGCAUGAAGUGCAAGUCGGAAAUAAUCGAGCACCUGGCUAACGUGCACAAACUCGAGCAGCAGGAGACUGUACUGCGGCAGAAGCUACAGCAAAUGCAGCUGCGCUUUGACGGCGUCAUGUUGGAGCACAAGAGCAUGCAGCGUCAGCUGCAAGAGGAGCGUGAAAACAGCACUGCUGCGACUGAAUCGAGCCACAGCCUGCAGCGAGAGCUGAAGGCGAUGACGAACAACUUCCAGGGGCUGAAGUAUGCCUGCAGCGUGACGGAUAACCAGUUGACCGAGGUGGAGACCAUGCUGAAGACCGAGCAGGAUCGCAACAAGUCGCAGCAGACCCAGCUGGACGCUUGCCACGUGAAACUGCGGGAGCGAAACGACCAGCUGACGAAGCUGCGCCAAGAGCUGUCGGGAAUAGAGGCCGACAAGCGGCUGGCCGAGCAGCGAGCCCAAGUGCUCUCCUCGGAGUUGGAGGAACUGAAGCAGAAUCUAAUGGAGCAGCACAAGAAGAUGGUCGCCCAACAGGGCCAACUGGUCGAGCAGACAAACGUUCUGUUUGCCACACAAGAGCGGGUGAACAUUUUGGAUGGCCAGAACUCGAACUACCUGGCACAGAGCGCCGACUGCGAGCGCGAAUUGCUUAACUUGAAGGAGGAAAACACACGCAUCCUCAGCGAGCUCUUCCACAAGAAGGAGGAGGUGCGCAACCUACAGGCCGAGAUAGCCGAGCUGCAGACCGCUCAGGCGGAGCUGCAUACGGAGAUCGAUGAGCUGCAGGACACGAUGGCCGAAAAGGAACAGUUUUAUGUGCAGCGUGACAUCAAGGCACUGGCCACGUUGGCCCAGCACAAGAAGUUGAUCGAUUACUUGCAGCUCAAAGUAGAAGACCUGUCCAACAAGAAGAAGAAAACCCUGGCGGACAAGCUGUUUGGCACGAGUCAUGGCAACAAGGAGAACAUCUCCUCCAAUGAUGUGGAAUCUUCCAUUCUCUAUCGCGCCCUGCGCGAAGAACUACGCCGCGAACAAAAGAACUCGGCCAUGUUGAAGGAGCAACUUGAGCAGUUCAAUGGAACUGCCACGCUUCGCUCGCCACUCAAGUCGUCGGGACAUCAGCUCAAGCAGAGGCCUGUCAGCAUCGCCGUCACUCCAAGCUCCCCCCGCAAGCAGGUGUCGUCCCUGAAACGUACCAAAAGCCAGAUAGAGAUCACCACCCCGACAGAGAAGGAUUCGCACCAAAAACAGACUGUGGGUCAGCAGCAGCAGCAGUCCCAUCACCGCUUCGAGCUGGCACUACAGGAAUCAAAGACAGGUUCUCCGGACUGUGUGGUGUGCAAGCAGAGCAUUAUCGCCAGCUCGCCUUACUGGCGCUGCAAGGAGUGCAAGGACGCGGCCCAUCGCAAGUGCCGCACGAACGUACAAGGCGAAUGCGGAGCCGCGAAGCCUAGUGCCCCGUCAGGGGCUGACGCAAUCAGUGUUGCCCCAUCUGUGGGCAGCAGCAGCCUCGAGAGCGUGGAUAGCACCAGUUCAAACAACGUCGGCAGCGGGGAGUACAUUGGCACGCUAGUGUACAGCUCGGAUGCCCAAGGGGAUCAAGAGCACGGGAAAGAUCUGGAAGUAAACUGCGCCUUUGAGGUGGCGGAACAGCAACUACUGCUGCUGGGCUGCAGCACCGGUCUGUAUGCCUACCAUGUAGACACGCAGCGACUGCUCCACAUUGCUGGCAUCGAGUCCGUGAGCUGCAUGUCGAUCUGCAAACGCCUGGCCAAGGCCAUCAUAGUGGGAACGGUCGCGGAGAAGCUGAUUCAGUGCGACUAUCGACAGCUGGAGUCGCGCUGCCAGAGUUCCAGUGCGUAUCACAGGCCCGUGCUCGAGACCUCGGCCAUAGAGCUGCCGCUUGCCAACCGAACGGCCGAUGAGAAGUGGAAGCUAGUUCUGAUUUCCAACGAGGCGGAGAAUGCCCUGGACUCUGUGGCCAUAGCGGCCACCUCCACUCGCAUUGUCAUCUUGAAGUACGAACAUAAUUUGCACAAAUUCAACCCCGUGCGUGCUCUCGACACGGCCACUGCGGUCACCUCGAUCUUCUUUACGCGCCACUCUGCCAUUGUCAGCUCGGACAUGUUCUACGAGAUCGAUCUGGACAAUUAUUCGGCCGAUGAGUUUGUCGACCUGGCGGAUAAGUCAAUGCAGAACACCGCCAAAUGCCAGCCCCUCAUGGCUGUGCGCAUUUCACGGCAGGAAUACCUCCUGUGUUUCGCCGAGUGCGGCGUGUUCGUGGAUGAGUUCGGCUGUCGCUCGCGCCCCUACGACUUGAGCUGGGUCUACGCCCCGACGGGAUUUGUGUACCGCGAACCCUUUCUCUUCAUAUCCCACUACCAGUGCGUGCAGAUUGUGCGCCUCCAUCGAUCCUUCAGCAAGGAACUUGCCGACACCGACAUUAACUCUGAGCUCUCCGAAUCACCGGACCUGCAGCGCGUCUACUUGCCCCACUACAUGUCUACGUUGCUGGCAAACAGUGGCGACAUCAACCUGUACACACUGGCUCUUGACGCUAAGUCGUGUGCUACUGGGUCACAAAGGAUCUACCACUUGGAUACACUGCAGGCGUUCAAACACAAGUUGAAUGUGUCCAUGGAGACAAUUUCGUCGGUGGCCACAUCCGUGACACUGGGAUCGGCAAUGACAAUGGAUAGUAUAUAAAUACGCUUACGGAUAACUCCAAAUUAUUUAUCUAAAUCGAGAGAAGAGGGCCUCACACACAGAAAUAUACUUACAUACAUACUUUUAAGUACCAUUUAUGAUCGGUCCACGCCUGUCCAUGAUUUGAUGGCAACUUUGCAGAAAGGACGACUUGCCCGUAAUUUAAUUUAAAAUAUUUUUUUUAUUUAAAUAUUUGUAACAACUUUGUGCGGAUAAUACACAAAUAAAAGCAUUCUCGACUAAUAGGUGAUAGGAAAGUUU